AUGCGGCAGCCCGGCCCCAGCGGCGGCUCCCCCCUCCUGCUGGUGCUGCUGCUACCGAUGCUCGCAGCCGUCGCCGCGUCCACCGCCAGCCCCAGCCCUCGCCAGGCCGUCGAGGCUGCGGUGGUACCGGGCAGCCCGGCUGGUGUUACUGCUUGUCGCUGUUGUCCAGGCCGACCGCCCAGGAGGAGCCGCUGCUUCAGAGCCUCCUGCAGGCUCCAGAACUGUCCACCAGAAAAGUGUGCAGGCUCUCAGCGGUGCCCCACCCCAGUGCCCCCAUCGCUUCCGAGCCCCAGCCCCAGCGUGAAGAAGAGACAGGUGUCCCUUAACUGGCAACCACUGACGCUGCAGGAGGCCCGAGCUCUACUGAGGAGACGCAGGCCCCGCGGGCCAGGGGGCCGAUCACUGCUGAGAAGGAGGCCCCCACUGCACGCCCCUGCCGGCCAGGCCCGGGUCCUUUGUCCCUUGAUCUGUCACAACGGCGGUGUGUGCAUGAGGCCUGACCGCUGCCUCUGUCCCCCGGACUUCGCGGGCAAGUUCUGCCAGUUGCAUUCCUCGGGCGCCCGGCCCCCGGCCCCCGCCUCGCCAGGCCUCACCCGCUCCGUGUACACCAUGCCGCUGGCCAACCACCGCGACGACGAGCACGGCGUGGCGUCCAUGGUGAGCGUGCACGUGGAGCACCCGCAGGAGGCGUCGGUGGUGGUGCACCAGGUGGAGCGCGUGUCCGGGCCCUGGGAGGAGUCGGCCGCCGAGGCUGUGGCGCGCGCGGAGGCGGCCGCGCGGGCGGAGGCCGCAGCCCCCUACACGGUGCUGGCCCAAAACGCACCCCGCGAGGACGGCUACUCGGAUGCCUCGGGCUUCGGCUACUGCUUUCGGGAGCUGCGCGGAGCCGAAUGCGCGUCGCCCCUCCCCGGGCUCCGGACGCAGGACGUCUGCUGCCGAGGGGCCGGCUUGGCGUGGGGCGUUCACGACUGCCAGCCGUGUUCGGGGUACCAGGGGAACUCCAACAGAGUGGGCGCCCUUGAUGGACCUUGUCCAACCGGUUUUGAAAGAAUUAAUGGGUCCUGCGAAGAUGUGGACGAGUGCGCCACAGGUGGGCGCUGCCAGCACGGGGAGUGUGCGAACACGCGCGGAGGGUACACCUGCGUGUGCCCGGAUGGCUUCCUACUCGACUCAUCCCGCAGCAGCUGCAUCUCCCAACACGUGAUCUCAGAAGCCAAGGGGCCUUGCUUCCGCGUGCUCCGCGAUGGCGGCUGCUCGCUGCCCAUUCUCCGCAACAUCACCAAACAGAUCUGUUGCUGCAGCCGCGUGGGCAAAGCCUGGGGGCACGGCUGUCAGCUCUGCCCACCCUUCGGCUCAGAGGGUUUUCGGGAGAUCUGCCCUGCUGGACCUGGCUACCACUACUCGGCCUCCGACCUCCGCUACAACACCAGACCCCUGAGCCAGGAGCCACCCCGAGUGUCCCUCAGCCAGCCCCGUGCUCCAUCCUCCACCUCUCGGCCACCUGCAGAGCCCAGACCUGAAACCAGGCCUGAGCGAAGGCCAGAGUCUAGACCCGAACGCCGGCCAGAUAUCCCACCAGAACGACGACCAGAGACCCGACCUGAAAGUCGGCCCGACACCCGGCUUGAUCAUCGGCCAGAGACACGGCCUGAUCGUCGGCCUGACGCCCGGCCUGAUCAUCGGCCAGAGACACGGCCUGGUCUUCGGCCUGACGCCCAGCCUGAUCAUCGGCCAGAGACAUGGCCUGAUCGUCGGCCAGAGACACGGCCUGAUCGUCGGCCUGACACCCGGCCUGAUCGUUGGCCAGACACCCGGCCAGGCCCUGAGCUUCCCCUGCCCAGCAUCCCAGACCGGACUGGUCCUGAGGCCCCCGAAUCAGGUCCCUCCGUGGGUGUCUGUCAGCGCAACCCCCAGGUCUGCGGCUCAGGACGGUGCAUCCCACGGCCCAGUGGCUACACCUGCGCCUGCGACUCCGGUUUCCGACUCAGUCCUCAGGGCACACACUGUAUCGACGUGGACGAAUGUCGCCGCGUGCCGGCGCCCUGUGUUCCUGGACGCUGCGAAAACACGCCUGGCAGUUUCCGCUGCGUGUGUGGCCCGGGUUACAGAGCCGGGCCCAGGGCUGGGGAAUGCCUGGACGUGAACGAGUGUCACCGCGUGCCGCCGCCGUGUGACCGCGGCCGCUGCGAGAACACGCCGGGCAGUUUCCUGUGCGUGUGCCCUGCUGGGUACCAGGCUCCCCCCCAAGGAGGCAGCUGCCAGGACGUGGACGAGUGCACCCAGAGCCCAGGCCUCUGCGGCCGAGGCGUCUGUGAGAACCUGCCCGGCUCUUUCCGCUGUGUCUGCCCGGCUGGCUUCCGGGGCUCAGCGUGUGAGGAGGAUGUGGAUGAGUGUGCCCAGGAGCCGCCGCCCUGCGGGCCAGGCCGCUGUGACAACACGGUGGGCUCCUUUCACUGCGCCUGCCCUGCUGGCUUCCGCUCCCGAGGACCGGGGGCCCCCUGCCAAGAUGUGGAUGAGUGUGCCCGGAGUCCCCCGCCUUGCUCCUACGGCCGGUGUGAGAACACAGAAGGCAGCUUCCAGUGUGUCUGCCCCACGGGCUUCCAACCCAACGCUGCUGGCUCCCAGUGCGAGGAUGUGGAUGAGUGUGAGAACCACCUGGCGUGUCCUGGGCAGGAGUGUAUGAACACACCGGGCUCCUUCCAGUGCAGAGCCUGCCCUGCUGGCUACCACCUGCAGCGUGGCCGGUGUGCUGAUGUGGACGAAUGCAGUUCGGGCGCCUCCUGCGGCCCUCAUGGCCACUGCAGUAACACGGAAGGCUCCUACCGCUGCAGCUGCUCCCCGGGCUACCGGGCGCCCGCCGGCCAGCCGGGGCCCUGCGCAGACGUGAACGAGUGCCUGGAGGGCGACUUUUGCUUCCCCCACGGCGAGUGCCUCAACACCGACGGCUCCUUUGCCUGCACUUGUGCCCCCGGCUACCGACCCGGACCUCGCGGAGCUUCUUGCCUCGACGUGGACGAGUGCAGCGAGGAGGACCUCUGCCAGGGCGGCCUCUGUACCAACACCGACGGGUCCUUCGAGUGCAUCUGUCCUCCGGGGCACCGCGCCAGCCCAGACCUCGCCUCCUGCCAGGAUGUGGACGAAUGUCGCGAGCGGGGCCCGGCCCUGUGCGGGUCCCAGCGUUGUGAGAAUUCCCCCGGUUCCUAUCGCUGUGUCCGGGACUGCGAUCCUGGCUACCACGCUGGCCCAGAGGGCACUUGUGAUGAUGUGGACGAGUGCCAGGAAUAUGGCUCAGCGAUCUGUGGAGCUCAGCGCUGUGAGAACACCCCUGGCUCCUACCGCUGUGUACCGGCCUGUGACCCUGGCUAUCAGCCCACGCCAGGGGGGGGAUGCCAAGAUGUGGAUGAAUGCCGGAACCGGUCCUUCUGUGGGGCCCACGCCGUAUGCCAGAACCUACCUGGCUCCUUCCAGUGCCUGUGUGACCAGGGCUACGAGGGGGCGAGGGACGGGCGUCACUGCGUGGAUGUGAAUGAGUGUGAAACACUACAGGGUGUGUGUGGAGCUGCCCUGUGUGAGAAUGUCGAAGGCUCCUUCCUCUGUGUCUGUCCCACCAGCCCUGAGGAGUUUGACCCCAUGACUGGACGCUGUGUUCCCCCACGCACUUCUGCUGGUACAUUCCCAGGCUCGCAGCCCCAGGCACCUGCCAGCCCUGGUCUGCCAGCCAGACCACCCCCACCGCCCCCACCACCCCCGCCCCGCCGGCCCAGCACCUCCAGGCAAGGCCCUGUGGGCAGUGGGCGCCGGGAGUGCUACUUCGACACAGCGGCUCCGGAUGCUUGCGACAACAUCCUGGCGCGGAACGUGACGUGGCAGGAGUGCUGCUGCACUGUGGGUGAAGGCUGGGGCAGCGGCUGCCGCAUCCAGCAGUGCCCAAGCACUGAGACAGCCGAGUACCAGUCAUUGUGCCCCCAUGGCCGGGGCUACCUGGUGCCCAGUGGAGACCCAAGCCUCCGGAGAGAUGUGGACGAGUGCCAGCUCUUCCGAGACCAGGUGUGCAAGAGCGGCGUGUGCGUGAACACCUCCCCGGGCUACUCCUGUUACUGCAGCAACGGCUACUACUACCAUGCCCAGCGACUGGAGUGUGUGGAUAACGACGAGUGUGCGGACGAGGAGCCGGCGUGCGAGGGUGGCCGCUGCGUCAACACCGUGGGCUCUUACCACUGCACGUGCGAGCCCCCGCUGGUGCUGGACGGCUCGCGGCGCCGCUGCGUCUCCAACGACAGCCAGAGUCUCGACGACAAUCUGGGAGUGUGCUGGCAGGAAGUAGGGGCUGACCUUGUGUGCAGCCGUCCCCGGCUGGACCGCCAGGCCACCUACACAGAAUGCUGCUGCCUCUACGGCGAGGCCUGGGGCAUGGACUGCGCCCUCUGCCCUGCCCAGGACUCAGAUGACUUUGAGGCUCUGUGCAACGUGCUGCGCCCCCCUGCCUACAGUCCCCCGCGGCCAGGUGGCUUUGGACUCCCUUAUGAGUAUGGCCCGGACUUAGGUCCGCCUUACCAGGGCCUUCCCUAUGGCCCUGAGCUGUACCCGCCACCCGUGCUACCCUACGACCCCUACCCACCGCCCCCUGGGCCUUUCGCCCGCCGGGAGGCGCCUUACGGAGCACCCCCCUAUGACAUGCCCGACUUUGAGGAUGACGGAGGCCCCUAUGGGGAUUCUGAGGCUCCUGUACCACCCGGCCCGGGCACCCGCUGGCGCUAUCGGCCCCGCGAAACCCGGGGCUCCUUUCCAGAGCCUGAGGAGUCCCCUGAAGGUGGAGGCUACGCUGGCGCCCUGGCUGGGCCCUACGAAGGUCUGGAGGCGGAGGAGUGCGGGAUCCUGGACGGCUGCGCCCAUGGGCGCUGCGUGCGCGUGCCCGAGGGCUUCACCUGCGACUGUUUCGACGGCUACCGCCUGGACAUGACCCGCAUGUCCUGCGUUGACAUCAACGAAUGUGAUGAGGCUGAGGUGGACUCUCCGCUCUGCAUCAACGCGCGCUGUGUCAACACAGAUGGCUCCUUCCGCUGCAUCUGCCGCCCAGGAUUCGCACCCUCGCACCAGCCCCACCACUGCACGCCCGCCCGGCCCCGGGCCUGAGCCUGAAUCCCCCAGCAGCUCCCUCCCCGUGCCUGCGCACAUGGGGCUCUACCUGUGCACGCGCCGCCCGCUGGGGCUAGUGCACAUCUGGAUGCCGGGCCUCUUGGCCCGUUAGAUGGAAGGAGGGACCCCUUAACUGCUCCCACCAUCCCAACCCUUCCUACCCACGCCGCUGGCUGGGACCUAGCCCAGGCCCCCCCCCCACCUUCACGUUCCUGUGCCUUUUUAUAAAAUUUUUCAAUAAAAAACACCU